ACGUUUGGCUGCGGCUCUGCGAUUGCGAGCUCGUCCUUCACCACCGAGUGGGUCAAGGGCAAGUCCAUGGACGAGGCGAGUAAGAUCCAAAACUCAGUCAUCGCGCAGCACCUCAAGCUGCCGCCCGUGAAGCUGCACUGCUCCAUGCUCGCCGAGGACGCCGUCAAGGCCGCCAUCAAGGACUACCAGUCCAAGCAGGAGGGUCGGGCGGCGGCAAGUGAGGAGUACAAGCCGGAGCCCGCCUCGGCGGCCGCGCAGUGA